AUGGCCCUCUCUGAGUCCGCCACGCGCAUUGUUCGACUUGCGUCAACAAUCAGUGACACCGUCGCAAAGCUUGACGAAGUCCUCAUAUCGCAAGGGCUUCAAACACCAUCAUUUGAUGAAGAUGCUGCGACUAGUUUUCCCGAGGAGGCUCUCGCGAUGCAGAGCGUAUUACUCGACGCCACUUCAAAGCUUCAUGAUCUUCUUCUAUCUCCCAUAGCACUGCUGCUUAAUAAAACUACUAUAAAUGAUUCGCUUUUCCAUAUAGACUCAUACACAAAACAACAUAUGCCAUUCCACUUCAUCAGCCACCUAGGAAUUGCAGACAUGGUCCCUCUUGGGGGUUCAGCCUCAUUCCAAGAGGUUGCCGCAAAAACAGGCUUGAACGAAGUGAUCAUCCGCCGAGUGCUUCGCCAUGCUAUUACUAUACGAGUCUUUCAGGAGCCAGAGCCAGGGAUGCUUGCCCAUACCAAUAUUUCCAAAGCAAUUAUUGAUUCGAGCUUGAACGAUUGGCUCAAAACUGUUAGUCGGGACCUGUGGCCUGCAGCUACCAAGACGUUCGAUGCUGUGAUCGGGUGGCCAAAUUCCCAGGAGAUCAACGAGACCGCUUUUUCUCUCGCCCACAAUACAAACUGUCACUUCGAAGGCUCUUUGAAGGCUCUUACCUCCAGCCCGGAAUAUGACGUUUGCCACGUGAUUGAUAAUUACGAUUGGCACUCUGUGGGACAUGUUGUUGACGUCGGAGGAUCACGAGGAAACGUCGCAAUCCAACUAGCCAAGAACUUUCCAGCAUUAAAAGUUCUUGUUCAAGAUAAGGAAGAAGUCAUUCAAGGCGCGGAGAAUAGUCUUCCAGAGGACAUCAGAGAUCGUGUUAGUUUUGCAGUACACGAUAUCUUUUCUCCCCAGAAAGUUGAAGCUGAUGCUUACUAUUUGCGAUGGAUUUUACACAACUGGCCGGAUAAGUAUUGCUGUAUACUUAUUCUUAGAGCAUUGAUUCCUGCAUUAAAGUAUAACGCAAGGAUCAUCAUCCAAGAGGCAUGCCUUCCAGAGCCUGGUACAGUUCCAUUGUGGAAGGAGACCCGACUUCGGGCUGCUGAUUUGAGUAUGACGGCCCUUUUCAACGCCCGGGACCGCACCGUCGAUGACUGGAGGGCUUUGUUCUCCGAGGCAGACAGCAGAUUCCUCUUGAAAUCUGUAAUCCAACCAAUGGGUUCGGCUUUGGCAAUGAUGGAUUUGCGUUGGAAUGGUGAGGCUUAG